UUUGCUAUGUGUAAAUAAAAAAUAUUACACUUAUAAUUGUCUAUAAUAUUCUUGCAUAUGUACCCAAAUAAUGCGUUGGGCACUUGCAUUGCUUAUAUAGAUAUCUAAUUUUACAUUUAUUUUACACCAUAAUAAUAAUAAAAAAAUCAUAGUAACACUGUGCAUUGUGGGAACUGUGUAAGGCGUUGUCACGUGACUGGUUUUCUUUGUGUGCUGGCUUCGUCGUGUGUGAGUCAGGAAGUGUCCGCAUAUCGGCUCUGUUCAUUCAGCUGUUUGGACCUAUCUGGACCAUAUAAGUCUCUUUUUAGACUGAAAUUUGUUCAAGGAGCAAUACCUGAGCACCAAGUCUUAUUCAUGUCAAAACAGAAGUAAAAAAAUUUGUGAUUAAAAAAAAAAUUUAUGCGGGCACACCAGGCUCGGUUGUGUUAGGGCAAAUGGCCAUGGCGGUGGUGGGGCAGAGAGUUGAGAGAGCGAGUUCAAGGCAUGUUAUGGCUUUUCAUAACCCUUCCUCAAGCCCCAGUGUCACCAAUAAUCAACAUGUGGGACUUUUGGCUAUUCCUGUGUCAGGAUCCAUCAUCAGUCCCGUAACCUAUGCAUCAGAAACCCCAGACAGACCGAUAGGAUAUGGUGCAUUUGGCGUUGUAUGGGCGGUGACCGACCCCAGAGAUGGCAAACGUGUUGCCCUGAAGAAGAUGUCCAAUGUCUUCCAGAAUGUCGUGUCGGCCAUACGUGUGUACCGCGAGCUGCGCAUGCUGUGUCACUUCCGGCACGAGAAUGUUCUCUCGGCUCAGGAUAUACUACAGCCAGGCCCUAUGGAUUUUCUACAUGAGAUUUUUGUUGUCACAGAAUUGAUGCAGUCUGACCUCCAUAAAAUCAUUGUGUCCCCACAACCUCUCACAUCUGACCAUGUCAAAGUCUUUCUCUACCAAAUACUCAGAGGCUUAAAAUAUCUCCAUUCUGCAAGAGUAUUACACCGUGACAUCAAGCCUGGCAAUCUAUUGGUCAAUAGUAACUGUUGUUUGAAGAUCUGUGACUUUGGCCUGGCACGUAUAAUGGAGCCUGAUGAGAGCAUAGCCAUGACUCAGGAAGUGGUCACUCAGUACUACAGAGCCCCAGAAAUCCUCAUGGGUGCUGUCCACUACUCCUCUGCAGUGGACAUUUGGUCGGUGGGUUGCAUCUUUGCAGAGUUACUCAGUCGCAGGAUUUUGUUCCAAGCUUCAGCCCCUGUACAGCAGCUGGAUAGAAUCACUGAAGUGCUGGGCACUCCAUCCUUUGAAGACAUGCCAACUGCCUGCCAAGGGGCCAGAGAUUACAUUCGCUCACGACCACAUAAGCCAGCUGCCCUGAACCAAUUUUAUACUCUGUCUGAACAGGCCACUCAUGAAGCAGUGCAUCUACUGUGUAGGAUGUUAGUACUGAAUCCAAACAAAAGAAUAACAGCAGCAGAUGCCUUGACUCACCCCUACCUUGAUGAAGGUCGCCUGAGGUUUCAUUCUUGUAUGUGUACAUGCUGUACUCCAGGCACAGGCGGACGCAAUUUUUGUGGCGACCUUGAACCUAAUUGUACUCUUCCAUUUGAUUACAGCUUUGAGAAGUCAUUAACAAAUGUUAGCAGGGUGAAAGAAAAAUUGUACAAAUUUAUCAUAGAUCAUCAGCAUCGUAGCACAAAUAAAUUACCAUUGUGCCUGAACCCCCAUGGUGCAGCAUUAGCCAAAAUACAAAGUGUUGUGAAGGGAGGCAAAUCUUGGCAGAUGCAUUCUCAGGCCAGCAACAUCAGCCAGCGAUCUUCUUUACCACCUUACGCAGCUGUGUGAUUGGCUCAACUAUAGUACUUGCAAGAGUAGCGUCUGGCACUGAACUACCUCCCUCCCCUCACCAGUGGACAUAGCCGUGUGUUAGUGGAACAUUGAUCAUGUAAAUAGAAAUGAUGGCAGACGUCCCAUAUUGGCCUGGCCUCUUAUCACUUGGUCAGACUAAAGAUAACUCACAUCUACACCUCGGUAGUCUGUGCACCUGCUAGAGUUGCCUUGCUUGGUUUUCCCAAUUCUUAAGUUUUAAGUGUCGCCAUGUGGUGAUACUGGACUGACGUCAUGCUCAACGAUCUGAACUGUUUCAUUGACAUGGCAUGAGAAGGGACUUAAGUGGCUGCAUUGUGAUUCUCCUGCUAGAAAAUCAAACCAAGUUCUGCCAUCGCCCAUUAAACUGUAAAUAAUGAAACACAAAAAAAAAAAAAAAGUCAGUCAAGAAGGAACCAACAGCAUUUUUUUUGUUUCAAUUCCACAAACAAGUAACAACAACCAAAGGCAGCCAUUUGAUAUCUCAUAAUAAAUUGGACCAAAUCUAUGCCAGACAUGUAUGUCUUAUUACCAUCUUCCAUCAGACUACAUCCUGUGUCUCACAUCAGUUCUCAUUGUUUAUAUGUUCACACUUUGUAAACUGCAUUUUUGAAGCCAAUAGGAAACACCUCAGAGAAUAUUUGUUUGGUUCAGCCUUGCUUUAUUAUAGGCAUCAUGGCUUCAUCUUCCUUAGAGCUGACAUGCUCUAGAAGAUGGACAUACAAUACCUCCAGUUUGAACUUAACCUGCCAAAUGAGGACAUCAUAAAUAUUCAUUUAUAUAUGAAUAUUUGAAAUCACUCACUGAAAAAGCUGGCCACUUCUGUUUCCAUUGUUGUGGUUAGUUCAGACUUGGAUGUAUUGGUGUAUGCAUUUACUGCCUUUUAAGUAAGACCUUCCUAGCCACCAGUCCAAUGCCUAACAGCUAUAAUUAAAUGGUGAAGUGAAAUGCUGUUCAUAAGUGCUGGACAAAUAUUUGUUUAGUUUUUCAGUGAAAAACUUAAAAUCACCAUGUAACAUAGAUUUAUAUCUUUAAAAUUUUAUUCUGUCAUGUGUGUACAUACAACUUAGUUUUAUAGAUGAAGAGGGGGGUCAUUGGUCAGCAGGAUUUAUUAUAUUAGAAAGCUAAAAAAAAAAUAUUUUUUUUAGCAGAAAUCUCCCCCUUUUUUCAUGGUUUCAACAUUAAAGUAUGCAGUUGUAAACAUAAUUAUGAAACUAAGAAUACAAAGUAUCAAUACAAGAUGAAUUUUGAUUAUUUAUUUAACUGUAAGCAGUCUUGAAUUAAGUUUUGCUUACAUAACAAAAUCUUAUAAUUUGUCUGCAAAACUUUCACAUUUAAAUUCUGUUGAAAGGGACAUAACACUAGGUCUCUCUGUGAGUUUUGGCUUGCUACACUUUUUUAUUGAUAGCCUGCCAUUUGUGGUCAACCUCAAGCAUAAUGUUUGACCAUGUAGAAACAAACAUCAGCUAUUUCUGGCAAGUUGACCACACUGACCCUUAUCUCCUCACUUGAAUGUGUGUGUGUGUAUGUUGCCAGUCUGUGUACUGGAUACCUUUACUUUGACUAUCUAUAAUGAUAUCCACUCAGAUACACUCUAAAUCAUUCAUUGUACACAUUUUUGCUGGUUUCAAAAUUUGUUCAUGUGAAUAUGUUUUAUGUUUUAAAAAGACCUGAUGUUUAUUUUAACUUCAAUCUUGGGCAUAGGAAUUAGUGAUUUGCUAAGAGGAUUUAAAAAAUUUUAAAAAAAGUUUGUGAAGUCUAGUAAACACAGAUUAACAAGUACCGGUAGUUUUUGUAUUAAUGAUCUUUUGUCAAUCAGUACGACAUGUAUUGUAAUGUUCAUGUCUCCAACUAGUUCGUAUCUAAUUUUAUAUUUCUAUAGUGUUUCCUACCUAAUGUCAUAUUUCUAUAGUGGUAAUGUGUCAUCCAUUAGGCACUCAGUGUAACUGCAUUAGUAAAUUAAAACUUUUAAUUUAGUUUCCCCUCUGUUAUGUAUGUCUUAGGCUUUAUACACUCUCCUAUGUUGAAUGUAUUUAAAGCUAAGCAAUCACUCAUCUAUAUAGAUAUAUUUAUUUCACCAUCACCACCUACAUGUCAGGUUUUUUUUCUCUUUCUUAAUUUGCUCAUAUUCCGACUUGAGAGAAACAAAAAUUCUGUUCCAAAAGUUUGAGCUAUAAUGUUUAUUAUUGCCAUUGUUGUAUCUCUAUAUGCAUUACAUUGACAUCCAUCAUUAAUACAUUCAUAGAAUUUGAGAACGUGUGUCAUUAUAUAUUUGUUCAACAUCGCAGAGGUGUGAGACAGCUCCAUUAGUAAUUAAGUCCAUACUGUUACUACUUAAUAGUUAUGUACCAGUACUGUACCAAUCUGCAGAUGGAAAUGAAUUGCUGUCUUAGCCAAAAAAAAAAAGCGAAACGCUAUCAUGGAAAAGUGCUAGGUGUAUAUUUUUUUUGCAGAUUCUUGCUGAAUCAAAAUCAUUUGUGUACGGUAUCAAAAGUAUUUCAGCAGACUAAUGAUUAAAGCCUUGCAGUAUUCCCCCAUCAUCUCAAUUCUUUAUCGAUUUUUAAAAAAAUAAGAUUCUUAAGCAUUAAGUAACAGGUCUCUUGACUGUUUGUGGAGAAAGUCAUUUGAGAGGUUAAAGGUUACCUCAAUUUUUUUUUAUUUAAAAAAAAAAAGAUUUUACAUUAAUGGUAACAUCCUUCAAAUAUUGUGAAUAAUUUCGAAAUGGUGCUGUUUUUUUUUUUUUCAUGUAAUGUUUAGCAUUUUAAUGUUAUGUCUAUGAAUUGUACACUAUCUGAGGGGGUCAUUAAAUCCACUGUGGGAUAAGAUAAAACCAUCUGUUGGCCCACCCCUUCCUUACACUUUGAGAAGCACCAUUUUAUUCUAUUCAUUAUCUUUUCUUAUUGUGUUGUCUUAAUUGUGUGUAUGUUGUUUGUAUUUUGAGGAAUAUUUGAACUUAUGAAAAGCAAAUUAUUCAGUGGGUAAAGGAAAGGUUAUAGAGUGUGACUUUCUUGUUGUAAGAUUAUUUGACUUCUGCUAGUCAUCUCCCCUUAGCACUAUCACUUUCAGUGAGAUUACUUUCCCCUGCAACUACCCAUUUUGUUGCUCUGAUAUAAUUUCAAUAUUUCUUGUAGAAGGUUGUGAGUCUGUGUGUGAUGUAUAUUCCUAGCAUGUUUUCCAAGCAUACAUAGUAUGCCUUGGUGUGUGGUAUUUCGAGCAUGCAUUGUAUCUUGUGUGAUGUGUCCGUUUUGUGUUGAUUGAGAGCAUCUCAUUUUCAUCCAUAGUUUCAUUUUCAAACCGGCAGGGAUAAACUAUACACUUUGAUACCCCCCCCCCUUUUUUUUUUGUUUAAAUUGGUUACCCUUUUAUUUAUUAUAAAUCCAAAUAAAACCAGUUUUGAUGUAUGUGUGUGUGUGUGUGUGCUUUGUUAUGAGUUUGUGAAUUUAGCUGAUAAUUGUAUUAAAGAAAAGAAUCCCCUGAAUUUUAGAACAUAAGACGUGGAAUACUUGUGUGCUAGUUCAAGUUAAAUAUGCAGUUUUUUUUCCCUAGACUUUCAGGUAUUAUGACACUUGAUUAUAUUUUUUGUAGUGAGGACUAAAUUCAAAAUGACUGUGUGAGUGAGAGCGCUUUAAUCCUGGCAUUUCUUUCUUUAGUACAUGAUCAACUGCUUUGUUUUAAAUGUUCAGUGUAACUCUGAAAUGAAUCCAUUAUUUUCAUACCUUUUAACCAUCCUUUGAUUAAUCACUAACUUCAAAAUAUAUCAUGUCCUAGUGUGCUGUUUCCUUUUUUGUACAUAACAUUUCUAUUUUUCAUGUGUAUAUGACUUGUCAUGUUUGAAUACUAUUUCCAGUACAGGCUUGGGGUUUUAACUUCAGCUAACUGUACUAAGUGAAACCGCUGUAAUAUAAUGUACAUAAAUCAAUCAACACUCCCCAGCAAAGAUUAAAACAAAAAGAGAGAAUAAUGACAAGACUUACCUCCCAUUAUUUGAUUUCAUUCAUGAUAUGCCAAGUAUUUGACAUCAUUCUAGUGGACAAAAAAAGUGUAUUGAAUGCAAUCAUGUGACCUGGACUAGUCAAAGUCAUGUCAACCAUCUCUACUGACCCUCAGUGUGUGGUAUGCUUCAUUGGUUUUCUAUGGAUGCAAAUAGAGAAUUCCAGCCUCGCGCCUUUUCCUGUAUUGAAGGCACAUGACGAUUGGCUGGUCAUAUUUGUACAAUAUGACAACGAUUUGAACUGAUCAAUUUAGUGUUUGUUGUUACUUUGAACAUUUUUUAAAUUCUUCGUCCAAGCGCACAUUACCAUUAGUCAUAUCAUUAGUAUAUUAAUAUGUAGAUUUCAUUCAGUCCGUAACAGUUGCCAUCUGGUUUUGAAGGUGUAGCCUCACACUAACUACCAGCAUGUAUUGGCACCACUUCAUCCUGUUAGUACCAGAAUAUUGUGAUAUAAUGUUAACAACAAAACUGGUUCUCAAAUUAUAAUUCACUUGGACAUGUCAGUGACAUUUUGAAUCUGCAAACAUGUUUGCUUGGCUGUUCGUAGACAUAAAUGGGACACUAUUGAACUUUUGUUCUGUCUGUACAGCUUUGUAAUUGUAAACACAGUUUUAAUUUCCAGGUGUAUUCAUUGAACUGCUUUAAUAUGGUUUGGUCUUAACGUCUCCAAAAUUAUUUCUUUAUGAGGGAAGUGAGCCAUGAAGAAAGCUUAACUUUAUUUUUCUUUGUACUAGAUGCAUGAAAAGCUAAGCUUUAAUUAUAUCAUUAAUCUAGUUGUAUCUUGACAAAUAUUUGUAUGUAUUAACAUAUAAAAAGGAGCUCCUGUCUGAUGGUGGAGCCGUUUCUUUUUGAGUGUCUAUGUAGUCAUUUUGUAGUAUACAUUGUAUGGUUUUUACUUGAUGCUGUACAUCUUGCUAUAAAUGUCUGUUUGUUGGCUGCUUUUGUGGAGUGAAGCGCACCCUGUGUGUGCUUCCAUCUGGAGCAUUGCAUCCUGUGUGUUUCGCUCUAUACAGAGUAGAUCUAAGUACCCAGAGAGUAAAGUGAAAGCCAGUGUACUGCAGAUAGUCUUGCUACAGUCAUUGUCUUUAUAAGUUUCGAAUUGGCUUAUUCUUUUUUUGUUUUAAUGAAAAGGUGUUAGGGUUAUUUCUAAACAUAAACAAUAAAGACUUUGAUGAACACUUUUAUGACCAAAUAAUACAAGUCCAAUAUGGUACUAAAGCUACCGGUACCUAUAAAAAUAACUAGAUACUUUCAACUAUUAUUUUAUUCUCUAAGGAAUUAUAAGCCACUAGGAAUGAAUUUUGCUGUAAAUAAUGUUUAGACUUGACUACAUGUGGUGUCUUGGUUUUGGUAAACAUGGUCGAUUAUUGUCUUUUCUCUCUGUUUCUUUAAAACCAUGUUGUACAUUAUGAUCUGUAUUUUGUUAUAUAAGUCAAUGAAUUGGUGUGUGUAGUGUACACAGAGGGGUACAAACAAAAUCCACUAAACCCUGACCUAUUUACACUGAGGGAAAUGUGGAUGGAAUACUAGGUGAAUGAAAUCUGUUCUAGUUGUGUUGUCAGUCCUUUAGUUCUGUGCAUGGCUGUGUGGGAAGUACAUGAAGACACUUACACGUGCCCUGACCAUUAAUUGUAAUUACAAGAAAACAAUUGCCAAACUAAAACAUGGAAGGUGAAUGGGUUGCAUGACAAAUGAAAUUUAAAACUCUCUGGCAUUGAAUCCAUCUGGCCUACAAUUAACUAAUUUACUACCUUUGCUAUAUUAAUCACUACUGUAUGAAAGGAACUUCUGUAUUGGCAAGUGUUAAAAAGUUUUCAAAAAUAACUUUAUCAUCUUAAUGGUUGAUGAUGAAGUUUAUGAAUGAAUAAUACCAUAUGUUACAGAGGGCAUUGUCAAAACCAUAUUAGGGUCAUUUUUAUUAAUCUUGUAAUCCUACUUUAACUAUGUUUUUUGCUAACAGUAUGUAGAUUAAAAAAAAAUAAUCUUGUCACCAGUCCCAGUGAAGAUAAGAUUCUCUCUGACUUGAUCAGCUCUAUGCUGUACACUCCUUUGCCUAAUUUUAAAUAGCUCAGGGUUAGAACUGUCUCUUUGUAUUUAUUUUGAUUUGACUUGCAUUGUAUAAACUGAACAUGGCAGACAGUUAUGAAUCGAUUGUACCAGGCUAGGAUUAUCCACUUCUGCAAAAUUAGGUUGCAUCUUCAAUUUAUACACAUUGAAUGAAAUUUAAAAAAUUAGAGAUUUAUUUAUUUUUUUUUUUAGCUUUUGUUCUAUUUGACUCAUUGUAUUUUAUAUACCACAUUCAUUGUCUGAUUCACUGAUUGGUUUAUGUCUUUUUCUUUUCUUGGUUUAUGUUGGUGUUUUUUAUUUUUAUUUUGCUAAAGUUUUUUUUUGUGUAAACAUUUAUUUGUAUAGGUAAGUGGAGCUUAGGUGCACUCUGGGUGUGUUAACUUGUAACAGAACAAUGCAUGUGUACAUCUUUUUUUAAAUAUAUAGUAACUGCAGUGAUGAGAGAUAAAGUUGAGCAGAAGUGAGAAGCCAAUAUAGUGGUGUGAUCUUGACAUUCACACUCUAUACACUUUGGUGGAGCAUACAUUGACUCAGAACAUUGUAAAAUGCUUUUUUUUUUAAACUCAGGAACAUUUCUUACAUUUUUUUGUUUUGUUUUUGUGUCUUCUAUUUAUAAACACCUGUACUUUCUUUUAUGUUUGACUUCAUGCUGUCUGCAUUUCUGUGUUUCACUUGCCUAAUUGGAUUUUGAUUUUUGUAAAGUAAAAAAAAACAAUAUGCUUUGCAAAUGCUUGGUAUUGUUUUAACUUCCUCUUAUUUUACAAGCAAAAAAUAAAUUAAUAUUUCUUUGAAAUGCUAGAAAUAAAAGGCUAGAUUAAAAUACAAAUUUUUUUCAGACUUAUCUACUAAAAAUAAUAAACCUUUUCUGAUAUAUAUAUAUAUUCUGAUAUUAAAAAUUAAUUGUUGUCCUGCUCCUAUCUAAUCAGUCUCAAGCUUUGAUAAAAUCUGGCUAGUAUGUGUAUUUUGUGGUUAAAUUGUUGUUUUAAAUGAGGACUAGUGUAAUGUGUUUUGUUGUUGUUUUUUUUUUUACUAGUAUGACAACAAAUAUUACCAGACCAGCAGUUUUAGGUGUGGCAUAAAUAUUCAUUGUUUAUUAUUUUGCAAUAAAAGUGUUUAAACAAAUCUUGACCAAAUGACUAAAUGAAGUUUGAUAUAUCUGUGUCAACUUUCCCUCCACAUUGUCACAUUUUAUUUUUGUCACCGUCUAAUGUCACCUGGUAUGGCAUAUCAUUGUCAUUUAAAUGUCAUGGUAACAAAUCUGCUUUGUGUCAGAUACAUGAGUAAACUAUCAUGUUUCAUAUCUCUAGCUAUUUUUUUUUUUUUGAAUCUGUAAACCAAAAUGAAAUAAAAGGCUGUACAAAUUGGA